UCUGUGGGGUGGACUUCCGGAGGCGGUAGUUCAGCAAGAUGGCGUCGCGGGCCAAGCGCCGCGCUGUGGUCGAGGCGGUGGGGAACGGCAGCGGGUCUGGGUCUGGAUCCGAAUCGGGGGGAGAGACCGGGUCCGGUGGAGAGUCCGAUGGAAGCGGCGACAGCUCCGAGCUGGACCUGCAGCAGGAAGUACAAGUAGAUUUUGAAGCGCACGCUAUAUCUGACGGCGAUUGCAAUGGAAUUAAGAGACUGUUACAGCAGUUAUUUCUCAAGGCCAGCAUGAAUAUCUCGGAAUUAGCUGAUACCAUCAUACAGCAAAAUUAUGUUGGAAGUGUUAUUCGGCAAGCUGAAAUUUUUGAUGAAAAUGACGAGGGUGACGAAGGUGACGAGGGUGGUAUUUUUGGAUUUAUCACAGUUGUAAAUCUGACUGAAGGAAAGGGAACUGAAUCAGUAGAACAGAUUAAAGAUUUGGUUCUGAGCAAGUGCAAGACCAAUCAUCAGACGGCAGCUGAGCAGCUGGAAAAAAUACUAAAUGACAACAGCAAGCCUGUGAACAUUCUCAUCAGUGAGCGCUUCAUUAAUGUGCCACCUCAGAUCGCUCUGCCCCUGCACAAACAACUCCAAGCAGAGUUGGUUGACGCCCAGAAGACUGGUAAAUCUUGUGGCAAGUGUCAUUAUUACCUUAUCAUCAGCAAGGCCUGUGUUGAAGUUGCAAAGAAAAAGCCAAAUCAAAAGGGCAAACCGAAAGAAGAUUUAAUGUUUGCAAAUGCAGAAGACGAGUUCUUUUAUGAGCAAUCUACCCUGAAAUUCAGCUACAGCGUGGAAAAUGAGUGUGACAGCUGUCUCUCUGGACGAUGGUCAUUUGAUGACGUUCCCAUGAAACCUCUUCGUGUUGUGAUGCUAAUUCCUGCUGACCGUUUAAAUGCAGUUAUGGAUAAACUCAAAGAAUACUUAUCUGUAUAAACAAUAUUUCAAAAUACUUUACAUUGAUAUGGUUUUAAUGAACAAAUAAAAUUUGUUUUUUAGACAAAAGAAUAUUAAACGUUUACAAAGUAAA